AUGGUCUCAGGAACCACUGGACAGGGUAUUAUCAAUCCGAUUGAGGCUCAAGCGCGUCCGACAGGUGCCGGUUUAGGUGCGGUCCGCGAGAAAACCAAACAGGCUCGCGAUGAAGAACGCCGGGAAGCCGAGCGCAAAGGCGAGACGGUCGAAGACAGCUCCGACGAAGAAAAACGAAGACGGAGAAAGAAGAAACAAGAACGCAAGACAGAAAGUCGGAGUGGUACGGGUACCCCGGUUGCGCGCGUCAAACCUCAAUUCCGCACCGCAAGGGAAAUGGAGACCGACAUGGAAGGAUUGGAGGUGCCAAACGUUCUUAAAUCGCUUGUGGAUGCUACGGGCAAGGAACAACGAGUCCUGACCUCGACGGCCGGCUUGAUGACAUCGCAAGAAUUUGUGAGCCAAGGGGAAGGAGAAGCUCUAAAGAUUGCUCGGCGUGCUCGGAAUGACCUUGAAGCUUUCGCAGACGAGUGGAAGGGCUUGACGGAGCGGAAGAAGUUCAUCGAGAUUGAGGAAGCACAGGUUGUCGAAGAAUUGGACGAAUACCAAUCUCGAGUCGACCAUCUUACAGGAUUGAUUGCGGCUGUGCAGGAGCUGGACUUCUAUGAACAUGACGAAAGCAUUAUAUCUAAGUUCGAUGAGAUGACUGGCAAGCUCGAAGCUAUGGAAUCGAAGUACCGCGAUAUUAUGGAUGAAUACAAACUGGCGGAGGCCGCUGUGGCUGCCAUACAUCCUCUAUUUCGGCAGGCCAUGGAGGAGUGGGAGCCACUACAGAACCCUACGUUCCUCGUUUCAAACCUCAGUCGUCUCCAGCCACUUCUCACCAGCCAGAACAAGAAAGGGGAAAUCCGACAACGUCAGUCAACUUCUCCAUAUGAGACUAUGAUAUAUACUCUAUGGCUACCCCGAGUCCGCUCAGCACUCAUGAAUGACUGGGAUGUCCAUGAACCUUCUACUGCGACAAACCUGGCAAUGGCCUGGAAACCGGUCAUACCGCCUUUUGUAUUCGCAAAUUUACUGGAUCAAUUGGUGGUUCCCAAGCUCAGUGGUGCCUUGAAGCAAUGGAAACCCCGAAGCAGCCGACGACAUCCGUCUGAGCAUGACGGACAGUUCCCGUGGUGGUUGUUCACAUGGUUACAGUACUUGGACGAUCGACACACCAACCCCAGGCAACCAACAGGUCUCAUGUCGGAUGCCAAGAGAAAGUUCCGUGUGGUGUUAGAUUCCUGGAGCCUGCGCCGGGGCCUUGUGAACGGCAUUGAGUUGUGGCGAGAUGCAUUAGGCCCAGAGUUUGAUGUAUGCUUGCGCAAUCACCUACUGCCUCGCCUUGCACGUCAUCUUCGUGAGGACUUUGUCGUGAACCCGCAAGACCAGGAUUUGACCACAUUAGAGGAUGUUCUCCGCUGGAGAAGUUUCUUUAAGCCUAAUGUUAUGGGCAUGUUGCUGGUGGCAGACUUCUUCCCGAAGUGGCAUGAGAUCUUGUAUAUCUGGCUCACCAACGAUCCUAAUCACGAAGAAGUCGGCGAAUGGUUCUCAUGGUGGCAGACUCAGAUCCCGGCGGAGAUCAAUGAUCUUGCGAUGGUUCAGGAUGAGUGGAAUAAGGGUCUGCAGACUAUGGAUCAUGCCUUGAAUCUUGGAGAUCGCGCCGCGGCCGAGUUGCCGCGCCCCGCACUUCCCAUGCAGUCAGCGCUUCCCACGCGAGAAGAUGCCGUGGCCGAGGCAGCAGCGGCAGCACCAGUUCCUUCGCACGCCAAGCCCCAGGCGAGCAAAGAAGAACCUGCAUUCAAGGAUAUAGUGGAAAGUUGGUGCAUGGAUCAGGAACUCCUCAUUCGUCCAUUGCGGGAAGCGCACCCCAAGAAUGGCCUGCCUCUGUUUCGGAUCACGGCGAGCGUCACUGGAAGCGGUGGCGUGGUGGCAUAUUUACAAGGAGACGUCGUAUGGGUUCAGAACAAAAAAGCCAAGGAUGUUUGGGAACCGAUGGGCUUGGAGGAUCAAUUGGUGGAGCGUGCCGAAGGCCGAUAG